UAAAUUCCGUCCCUUUCAUCUCUCUCUCUCUCUCUCUCUCUUUCUUGCUCUCUCUCUCUGUCGCUUGCUCUCUGGCCACCACUAGACAUCAACGCUCUGAGCGUGGCAGACCCGCCGGAAUACAGCCGCGGACGAGCGGCUGAGGUUCGCCGACGGGAGUGUUGUGUCCGAAGGUUUGGAUUUCCGGAGGCCUGAGUGUGUCUUGACUUGAUGGACCAGUACGAGAAAGUUGAGAAGAUUGGGGAGGGGACGUAUGGUGUCGUGUACAAGGCUCGGGACCGUGCGACUAAUGAAACAAUUGCCCUUAAGAAGAUCCGUCUUGAGCAGGAAGACGAAGGUGUCCCAAGCACUGCAAUACGGGAGAUUUCCCUUCUCAAGGAGAUGGAGCACGUGAAUAUUGUCAAGUUGCAUGAUGUUGUGCACAGUGACAAGCGCUUGUACUUAGUUUUUGAGUAUCUUGACCUUGAUCUUAAGAAGCACAUGGACUCCUGCCCUGAAUUUUCUAAGGAUCCUCGUUUGAUAAAAACAUUCCUUUAUCAGAUGCUUCGUGGGAUUGCACAUUGCCAUUCCCAUAGGAUCCUCCACAGGGAUUUAAAGCCACAAAAUUUGCUAAUAGACCGACGUACUAAUGCUGUAAAACUGGCUGAUUUUGGAUUGGCAAGGGCUUUUGGUAUCCCUGUUCGACCAUUCACUCAUGAGGUUGUAACCUUGUGGUACAGGGCACCAGAAAUCCUCCUUGGCUCACGCCAAUACUCUACACCUGUUGAUGUUUGGUCUGUGGGGUGCAUCUUUGCAGAGAUGGUGAACCAACGUCCACUGUUUCCUGGUGAUUCUGAGAUCGAUGAGCUUUUUAAAAUAUUCAGAGUGCUUGGUACCCCUAAUGAAGAAACCUGGCCUGGUGUGACAUCAUUACCUGACUACAAGUCUGCAUUUCCAAAGUGGCCUCCCAAGGAUCUGGCAACUGUUGUUCCUGGUCUUGAACCUUCCGGAGUUGAUCUUCUUAAGAAAAUGCUCUGCUUGGAACCGAGUAAGAGAAUCACUGCUCGCAAAGCGCUCCUGCAUGAAUACUUCAAGGACUUGGGGCCUGUACCAUGACUGUCGCUGUAUAUUGGGGUAGGGUGCAGAAGACUAGUUAGCUGCACAUUAGGUUUGUGUGCAAAUUUAUGUUUGCCUCUAGUCUAUCUUUCUUUUCCUUUCUUGCUUCUCUGGACCUUAGUUUGAUUGGGCUUUUGGCUUCUAUUGAGAAUUUUUGGAAGUGAUUUUUUUUUUUUUUCUUUUUUUGGCCUCACAACCGGGCUUUGACGAACUCUUGUGCAUGUAUCUUUCAGCACGGUUGGAUGGAAUGACUAAAGUUUUAGGCCA